AUGGGUAAGGGUACUCCAUCUAUGGGUAAGAGACACAACAAGUCUCACGUUUUGUGUAAGAGAUGCGGUCGUCGUUCUUUCCACGCUCAGAAGAAGACCUGUGCUUCUUGUGGCUACCCAGCUGCCAAGAUCAGAUCUCACAACUGGGCUUUGAAGGCUAAGAGAAGAAGAACCACCGGUACCGGUAGAAUGGCCUACUUGAAGCACGUCACCAGAAGAUUCAACAACGGUUUCCAGACCUCCAUCAAGGCUGAGUCUGCUUAA